AUGAACUCAGCUGUGAAUUGGGCGGGGGACGUCUUCCAUAAGCUACCAAAACGGCUGCAAGUGUGGGCCAUCUUCGCCUUCACGGUUGCCAAAUCGCCCCAACUCUACCUCGAUCGCGCAUGGGGAGCUUCUCGCAAAUAUUUUUUCUCGUUGAUUUUCAUUUCCCUCUUGCUGGCAAAAUGCUUCCAUAUUUAUGUCAACCCUCGGUCAGUGGGACUUUUAUCCCUUCUGUUCUGGGGGCCCACCUUCUUCCUGGUGGAUAUUCUGAUUAUCCUGGUCGCGUGCCGACUUGCCCGAUCCUUUGAGUCGCGGAUAUGUCGCGAUUUGGCGGCAUUGGUUGUCGUGUUAUUCAGUCUGCAAGCUUCAGGGUUCGCUUCUGCCAAUAUCUCCUUUUACGCUGUAAGGGGUACAGAGAUUCCUUGGCGGAAAACCAAGAAGUUCCAUAGGGAUAUUCCGCCCGUGAAAAUGGUCCUCUCUGCAUUGGGCAUUGCGUUUCUGGUUCAGGGAUUGCUUUUUGUCGGCGCAUACUUCGCUGCGCCGUAUGUGUUUAAGGCCACUGGAGCAGUUCUAGAUAUCUGGGCAUCAUUUUUACCUGCCAGGUUUCGCAGCUACUUUGACGGGAAAUCGCCGACAGGCGCAGAGAACUAUGAGCAGAUUGCGAUCGAUGACUUCGACAAUGACGAGAACGACAACGACUCGAUAUCCCUACUGGACAUUCCCCAAGAGCCGCCCAAGCAAGGAAGCCCCUCAUUUUUGAGUCGCGUUAUUGUCGUGGCGUGCAGCACAGUUGUAUUAUUUCUUACUAUCAUCCGCCCGCACAAUGUGGUCUACAGUUUCCUUACCCAGUCUCUCCCAUUCGCACCUUUUGGUGGACCCAACUAUAGGCCAGGCGAGGAAAGUGUUGCUUCAGUGCCUGGGGACUUCAGCUGGCUCGAAGGACACACUGCAUUGGACAAAUUUCCUACAUUUGACUGGCUGAAAGGGUACAAUUCGAGUGAUGAAUUUCCUGACUGGUCCCCAUUUCCAUUCAACAAGACCUAUCUGGAUACGCACAAGGACUAUGAGUAUGAACACUACAACCCAAACAAAGACCCUCUGCACAUCCCAAACCUCCAGAAUGAUAUUCUGGAGCCCAUGCGCGAGGCACUUCACAACGGCAGUGCGAAGAUCAAGCAUAUCGUUCUUGUAAAGCUUGAAAGCACCCGGCAAGAUGUCUGGCCAUUCCGCUCCAGCUCAUAUAUUAUGAAUCACAUCAAAGACUCUUACGGGGGUGAAAUUCCAGAAGAAAUCCAACAAAGGCUUUCUAAGCUUACCCCCACUGCUCAACGGUUAACUGGACUUGAGACCGGAUUUGAAAAUAUCAGCGACCGUCUAACGCCCUAUGGUGGCAUCAGUGCAACUAACGCUUUCACAGCUGGCACCUAUACUAUGAAAAGCAUUACAGGCACCGUCUGCGGUGUGAGUGCUAUGGCAGUUCUAGGAAAUCUAGAGUACUACCAUGAUUUCUACCAGCCUUGCUUGCCACACAUAUUCAAUGCACUGAGUCGUCAAUCGAAUAUUAGCAGUGAUACAGAUGAUUGGACUUCCUGGCCAUGGCACACUCAGUGGAUGCAGUCGCAUUACGGUACCUGGGACAAACAGGAACUUCUCACUCCGGCUUUGGGGUACCAAAAUGUCAUGGAUAAGGAAUCUAUCAAUGAAAAUGGCUAUAAGUACAUUCCUGAAGAGAAUGAAAAAGAGGUGCAUUAUGGUCACGAAGAUAAAGUUUUGAAGAAUUAUAUGCGGGAUUUGAUUGCCGACGUCAAGAAGAAUAACACCCGCCUUUUUCUAACCCAUCUCACUCACGAAACACAUACUCCUUGGUUCAAACCUGGUGAGUACGAGAAUAUCCUUGGGAGUCCGUGGAUUGGACGCAAAAAGCAGAUCAACAACUACCUCAACACGGUUGUUUAUCAAGACGAGUGGAUCGCGGACAUUCUCGAAGUUCUCGAGGAGGCCGGAAUAGCUGACGAGACUCUGCUAGUCAUGGCUGGUGACCACGGCAUUUCACUUCCAAAUGACGGUGGUGUAACAGCGAACUCAGACCCUCACGUCGGAAACUUCCACGUUCCUCUAUACCUCGCUCACCCCAGACUGCCCCAGAUCGAAGUCAACGAUCCUGUCGUCUCUACCCAAAUUCUCCCCACAAUUCUCGACCUGCUGAUCGAAUCAGCCUCUCUCACCGGAGAGUCCCUGCAAAUAGUCAAGGAUCUACUCCCCUUAUACGAGGGCCAGUCCAUGCUUCGUCCGCUCAUCCAAGAAAAAGAAGGCAAGAAAGAGUGGCACUUCUCAACCAUGAAUCCCGGCGGAACAUGGUUCUCCAUGCGCGACGCCGUCAACCCGUACCGAUUGGUGGUACCACUCAUCCCCGAUGCGCCGUGGCGAUUCAGCGAUAUUAUCGCGGACCCAUUCGAGCACCACCCUGAUGAAGAGCUGGACUUUUUGAGUUUGCUUCGGGACGUGGAGACGCGGCAUGGAGCUGAAGCCUCAGCUUGGGUCAACGAGGCGGCUCAUGUGGCUUAUUGGUGGAUCCCGGAGAACCAUCGGCGUUGGAAGUAUGAGGCCGAAGAGUCGUGA